GAGGUGACAAUUGCUGCGUAUAGUGUGUAUACAAUGGUUUCAAAAGAAUAGUUAUAUACUUAUAUCCAAUAUAUCGUCGUGUAGUGUUGUUAUUUAUUAACAUUCGUUGUGUUAAGUGUUGUGAUUAUUUUACAUAUGUUUUGUUGUGAAAUUUAUGACAAAAAUAUUAAUAAGUAUUAACAAAAAUGAAACUAAUUGAACUUGUGUGCGUCUGAUUAUGCGAAAAACCGGUUUUGAAACAAGUUUUCUGUGUGAUAACAUUAAGACUGACUUUGUUUACAAUGGCAUUUUCAUUGAAUAAAUUUAAAAAUAUUUUAAAUAUAAAUAAAGACAAUCAGUUAGCGGGAAGUGGUAGUUUGGAUCCGGAAAUAGGGUUCAAAUUAGCAUUACAUCCUGUUAAUAAAAAUUUGUACGUGACUGUUAUCGGUGCCCGGCAUCUCCCGUCCUUGUUUGGGCUCAGUCGAGCUCAUGGCUACCUUGUAAAGGUCAAAAUGUUUCCUGGCGAUAGUAAGUACGAAACUACGUUACAAGAAAGUUCUUGGCCUAUUUGGAACGAAGAUUUUAAAUUUCAGUUAAAACAAAAGGAAAUAAAAAAGACGACGGACAAAGUCGACCUUCAAAGUUUAGUUGCCGGACAUUUCUUAUCAUUAACUAUUUAUGCAAUAUUAGAAGCACAAAAACAGGACGCAGAUCGUAGAAAAAGUGCCAAAACUUUAGAUUCAAAGACAUCUAAAUUGUUGAGUGAAGAUGAACAAAAAACAAAGCCAGGAAAUCUUUUCGAAAAAACCUUUAGCAGCUUUAAAUCCACGAAAUCUGAAGCGAUCGCUCAAAAGUCUAUAUUAGAAAAAAGAAGAACUGUUGGAGCAGCAACAUGGAAUUUCGAUUCUAAAUUAUUUCAAAACGAUCUCAAGAAUGGAUUAAUUGGCACUCCCGAUAUUUGGAGGCCUAUAAAUGCGAUUGCUAGUGGCUUGUCAGCCGCCGAUUCGCGCAGAGAAAAUAAGAAAGGACAGCUGGAAGUGACAUUACUGUACACGGCAAGUGAAGAUGGAUUGAACGACACAGUGCAAUUGACUGUGAAUAGAUUGCGAUGUUCGGUUCAAACUAUGCAAGAGCAAGAACAAUACAAAGCUCCGUUAUAUUUAAAAGCAGCUAUUUUAGAAGCUAAUAAAGCGGAGUGCUACUGGAAAAGUGAUAGAUUUGUACCGACUAUAUCCGCCAGAUGGGACCCCAAGUCGGCAACGGUUAAGUUAACUGUAUUCAAAGCUAGUUUGAAUAAAGUGAGCAUUUAUAUCAGCCUCGGGUGCAAGACUAAGAUGGCCAAGAAGGAAAUGUUAGGCAAGGCCCAUAUUGAUGAGAAAUCUCCUUAUGCUGACAGUUGGAACGAAUGUUUGAGGCAGCCGGGUAUACCUAAAACGUUUUGGGUCAACUUUGAGUGAUUUGUAAACCGACCAUAUAAAGUUAGAAGCAUUUUCGAACAUUACACGAGGUCUGCUCACUUAACAUUUCCUUCUCUAUGGAUGAUAUAUAGAAUUAUUGUUGUGUAAAUUAUUUUAUACUUUGAAAACUAGAAAAAGGUCGAUCUGGAAUUUCGUCACGACAUAUAUUUUAAUGAAAUGGUAAUUUGAAUAAAAAUAAAACCAAUUUCGUAAAUAUUCAAAAUAUCAUAAAAUUAAUCAAUUAAAUAAUUAAUCUUAGUAUUGAAUAUAUAAUAAACAAUGUAACCUCAUAUUUUAGAAACUUUAUUGUAACUAAUAAUGUUAUUAUAAUUAUAUUGUUGUCUUGUUUAUAACGAA